GCCAUUUUAGUUUAGCUUCAAACCACUUUUGAGUUAUUUAUUUAGAGAUUUUUUAUUGCUCCAUUCCAUAUGUGGGAAAAAAAAAGACGAUUGCGGAAGUACGCAAGUGUUUACUCUUCCGCGCGUGCUGCUCUUUGGUGAUGCUAACCCGGAGCGCCUCGGCUGCCCUGGCCCCUGCCCGCUGCCUCAUGCCCGCCCUGGGAUGGAUCUAGAGGAGGCUUUGCUGGCUGUCGGCGAGUUCGGCCCGUACCAGAAGCAAGCCGUAGUCGUCCUGGUUUUGACCCAGGUGUAUAUGGCCUGCCAGUCUAUGCUCAUUGUUCUGGUGGGCACAACUCCCCCGUACCAGCUCAGACAGACGGACGGCACCUCCCCUGGCCCGGCGGAGAACAGCCCGCAAAUCAUCUUCACAGAGGACGUAGACAGCAUAGUGACUGAGUGGUUUCUUAUCAAACAGCAGGCAUAUAAAGUGAGUCUAGCUGGGUCCCUGUUCUUUGCUGGGCUCUUGCUCGGGAAUGUAAUCUUUGGACCGCUGUCAGAUAAAGUGGGCAGGAGGCCAGUGUAUUUGACAGGCCUGUUUUUUGAGGUGCUCUUUGGUUAUGUCACAGUUUUUGCCCCGAGUUAUGAAGUCUUCGCAGCCUCUCGUCUCCUGGUCGGGUUCAUGAACGGCGGCAUCGGCCUCGUGUGCUUCGUCCUCACACAGGAGUACGUGGGAAAGUCCUACUGGGCCAUGACAGGGACUUUGGCCAGUAUGACAUUUGCGGUGGGCAUCUCUCUGUUUGGGGCCCUGGGGUACCUGAUUCGCCCGUGGAGGAGUUUGGCGAUGGCUGCGAACUCCCUGGGCGUGCUGUUCUUCCUCCUCUCUGUUACGCUGCCCGAGUCUCCCCGUUGGCUCUAUUCCCAAGGCCGAGCAGAAGAAGCAGAGGAGGUGUUGCGCUUAAUGGCGGUGAGGAACGGUAACCAUGUCAAAAACCUGGUGCUGCGGCGGGUGGGAGCGGGCCCCAGUGGAGUCCCCUCUGUGGGGGUACGGCAGCUGAUCCUCCACCCCGUGCUCCGCCUCCGGACCCUAGUGCUCAUGUAUAUCUGGUACGCCUGCAGCCUGGUGUAUUACGGUUUGACGCUGGGUGCUGGAGAGACUUCAGGAAAUCGCUUUGUCAAUGUGGCUAUGUACGGCCUGGUAGAGCUGCCCGCAUACCCGCUCUGCAUUUACUUCAUCAACAAACACUGGGCUGGGAGGAGGAAGAGCAUGGCUGGAUUCUUGGGUCUGGCUGGUUCGGCCUGUCUGCUCACCAUGUUUAUCCCUCAAAACACAGAGAUGCUUUUGAACGUGACCUCUUUGGCGCUGUUGGGCAAACUCAUGGUGAGCGCCGCCUUCAACAUCACCUAUGUGUACACGGCAGAGCUCUACCCAACAGUUAUCAGAAAUGCUGGUUUGGGAGUGUGCUCUAUGUCGUGUAGAUUUGGGGGGAUUCUUGCGCCAUUUGUCCCCUCUAUGCGCGCCGUGCACCAGUCCAUGCCCUUCACUGUGUUCUGCCUGAGUGGACUGACCGCUGGGUGCCUGGGCCUUCUGCUGCCAGAGACCCUGAACCAACCUCCAGCCGAGACCCUGGAGGAGCUGGAGAGACCCGCCCCACACAGAGUCCUGGAGAGCAAGCCUCUUUUGUAUGAAGACACACUGUGAGCAUCCCACAAACCAGCAGGAGAUUCAUCUGAAGCACAACUGAAAAUUCCAUCGGGUUUUAAAGGGACUCACGACAGCAACACGGACCACUACAAAUGGACUAAACUACUAUGGUGUUUUCCUCCAUCGUAGUUCACGAGAAAAACAAUUUGUACCUCAAAUUUUGUACAUUCCCCUUUACAAUGGAAAGCACUUCUGUAGCACAAUAGUGAAAACUGAAAACAAACCAAUACCAGUUUACACAAUCCUCCGCAGAUCUGAUUGUUUCCUUUUCUGAGACAGACAGGUUUAAUGCCAUAUGGUGGGAUAUUCUAGCCACAGCAAUAACAUAACAUGGAGACUUGGACCAUGCCUCAGAACAGUUACACAGUUACGUUUAAAAGAGGGUGUAUUACGCAAAAUCAACUUUUUUGUGCUUUGUACCAUGUUAUAACAUCCCCUCAACAAAAACGAGAUGUCAUCCAUACAUGUUUCAGUAAUUUAGCGAUCUCUCCUGGGCCCUAUUCACUCUCUUACGGUUAGCUCUUAACAUUCUUUACAAUACUCCGCCCACAAUCCUACAUCACCCAUAAUUCCACAGAACAAUUCUAGGUAAACAUAGAAAAACAUGAUACAAAAUUUUAAACCACAAUUCACAAACCUGAUGCACUCUGAAUGGGGAGUGACUUAAACCUUUUAAUAUGUUGUUUUUGGCGAAUAUAGCACUUUCAAAACAAUAAAAAGUAACAUGGUGAUCUAAAUAUGUUAUGUAUUAGCAGUUAAUACCCCAUAGAAGUGUAAUACCCCCUCUUUAACUUCCAUUUUUCUUGGAGCUUGGUUAAAUCAUGACUUUAUUUCACUAUUUCAAGCUCAGUUAGCCAUCAAUACUAAUUUAGCAUUUUAAUUAUUUUUAUUUGAAUAACUUAUUGCUUGUGUGUUGAAUAUACAGUACUACAUUAUGUACUUUAAAUACCAUCUACAACUGUGAGAAAUACACGGAGAAUCUCCUAAAAUGGAUACCGCAUUGUAUUGUUUUCAGUGCUGACCUUGAGACUGAAAACCCUUACACUGGUCAUGCCGCUCUUUGCACCUUUUACUAAUGGACCAAUGGGACUGAAGCCGGGCCUGUAUAAGCUUCCUCAUGUGCCUUCUCACACAUUUGUAAUAUUUCCAGUGUAUAAGGGUAAUUUAAAGUGUUAUUUUCAUUUUUACUAUCUGUGCAAAUGUGUGUGAAAUGUCCUGUAUGUUGUGAAUAAGAUUGUACAGUGUUUAAUUAUUUGUCUGAUCGUUUAUGUAGGAAGAAGUAAAGGAGAA